AUGGAUGGACCGCGGGGUCGCUCACGAUAUUCGUUUGGCAGAAAUGCUGCACUCGACACAUUUUUAUUCACAAUCCAGGGGUUAGCUCUCUUCAUAGUUUUCCGCGAACAUGUUUUGGAUGUCAAAUGGAUCAGCGGUGCAUCUAUGUCACCAUAUUUAAAUAAGGGCUACAAUAUCGACAAUAUCGAUAGCGAGAUGGUGCUCGUGGACGUCACAUAUGCCACAAAGCUGCAUUUAAGAAGAGGAAUGGUGGUGGUAUUCCCGACCGAACCAAGCAAAUUGUCUGUGAAACGUAUCAUAGCCCUACCGGGCGAUGUUGUCACCACACGACCGCCGAAGUCUGGAGAGGGAGACCAAAAAACCCAGAUUGUUCCCUGGAAUCAUGUUUGGGUCGAAGGUGACGCAACUGAUCCCGACUUGUCUUUUGACAGCAAUACCUACGGCCCUAUAUCUAUGGGUUUGAUAAAGGGGCAGGUUAUGUGCGUCUUACGCCCUAAAUGGAGGACUUUGAAGUGGUGGGAGUGGGAGAAUGAAAAUGAUCUUGUGGAGAGUGGUGGAGAUUAUGGAAAGAGCCAAAGGAUGAGGGUCAAGAAAGAUGCAGUUACUGUUUACGACCCUAACAUGACCUAG